GCCUGGCUUUGCUGGUUCCUCUCUGCAUCUUCUCUACCCUCCUAACAAUAUGCAUCUUGCCAGUUUGGUCAGUUCCUGCUCCCUCCUACUGCUAUUGGGGGCCCUGCCUGGAUGGGCAGCCAGUAAUGACCCCCUUGAGAAGGUCAUUGAAGGGAUCAACCGAGGGCUGAGCAAUGCAGAGAGAGAGGUGGGCAAGGCCCUGGAAGGCAUCAACAAUGGAAUCACUCAAGCUGGAAGGGAAGUGGAGAAAGUUCUUAAUGGACUUAGCAACAUGGGGAGCCAGGCCGGCAAGGAGCUGGACAAGGGCGUCCAGGGGCUCAACCACGGCUUGGACAAGGUAGCCCAUGGGAUCAACAAUGGCGUCGGACAAGCAGGAAAGGAAGCAGAGAAGCUUACCCAUGGCGUGAACAAUGCUGCUGGACAGGUUGGGAAGGAGACAGACAAAGUGAUUCAGGGGGUCCAUCAUGGGGUCAACCAGGCGGGAAGUGAGGCAGGAAGGUUUGGCCAGGGGGUCCACCAUGCUGCUGGGCAGGCUGGGAAUGAGGCGGGGAGGUUUGGCCAGGGGGUUCACCAUGGCGUUAAUGAGGCCUGGAAGGAAGCAGAGAAGUAUGGUCAGGGGGUCCAUCAUGCUGCUGGGCAGGCUGGGAAGGAGGCAGAAAAGUUUGGUCACGGGAUUCACCAUGGCAUUAAUGAGGGUUGGAAAGAAGCAGAGAAGUUUGGUCAGGGGGUCCACCAUGCUGCAGGGCAGGCUGGGAAGGAGGCAGAAAAGUUUGGUCACGGGAUUCACCAUGGCAUUAAUGAGGGUUGGAAAGAAGCAGAGAAGUUUGGUCAAGGGGUCCACCAUGCUGCAGGGCAGGCUGGGAAUGAGGCAGGGAGGUUUGGCCAGGGGGUUCACCAUGGCAUUAAUGAGGGUUGGAAAGAAGCAGAGAAGUUUGGCCAGGGGGUCCACCAUGCUGCAGGGCAGGCUGGGAAGGAGGCAGGGAGGUUUGGCCAGGGGGUUCACCAUGGCAUUAAUGAGGGUUGGAAAGAAGCAGAGAAGUUUGGCCAGGGGGUCCACCAUGCUGCAGGGCAGGCUGGGAAUGAGGCAGGGAGGUUUGGCCAGGGGGGGGUCCACCAUGCUGCAGGGCAGGCUGGGAAUGAGGCAGGGAGGUUUGGCCAGGGGGUUCACCAUGGCAUUAAUGAGGGUUGGAAAGAAGCAGAGAAGUUUGGCCAGGGCGUCCACCAUGCUGCAGGGCAGGCUGGGAAUGAGGCAGGGAGGUUUGGCCAGGGGGUUCACCAUGGCAUUAAUGAGGGUUGGAAAGAAGCAGAGAAGUUUGGCCAGGGGGUCCACCAUGCUGCUGGGCAGGCUGGGAAAGAGGGGGACAAAAUAGUCCAAGGAGUCCAUCCUGGGGUCAGCCAGGCUGGGAAGGAGGUAGAGCAGUUUGGCCAUGGGGUCCACUAUGGGGUUAAUGAGGCCUGGAAGGAGGCAGAGAAGUUUGGUCAGGGGGUCCACCAUGCUGCUGGGCAGGCUGGGAAAGAGGGGGACAAAAUAGUCCAAGGAGUCCAUCCUGGGGUCAGCCAGGCUGGGAAGGAGGUAGAGCAGUUUGGCCACGGGGUCCACCAUGGGGUUAAUGAGGCCUGGAAGGAGGCAGAGAAGUUUGGCCAGGGAGUCCACCAUGCUGCAGGGCAGGCUGGGAAAGAGGGGGAAAAAGUGGUUCAAGGGGUCCACAAUGGAGUCAACCAGGCUGGGAAGGCGGAGGAGCAUUUUGGCCAGGGAGUUCACCAUGCCGUUGAACAGGCUGGAAAGGAAGCAGACAAAGUGGUCCAAGGGUUCUACGAUGGGGCCAACCAGGCUGGGAAGGAGGCAGAGAAGUUUGGCCAAGGGGUCAACCACGCUGCUGGCCAGGCUGGAAAGGAAGCGGAGAAACUUGGCCAAGGUGUCCACCAUGCUGCUGGCCAGGCUGGAAAGGAGGUGGACAGGUUGCAGCAGAAUGUUCAUAAUGGGGUCAACCAAGACGGCAAGGAGGCCAACCAGCUGCUGAAUGGCGGUCAUCCAGGCGGAUCUACCGUCCAUCACGGAGGGGGCGCAACCACAACAUUAACAUCUGGAGCUUCAGUCAACAAGCCCUUCAUCAACUUUCCAGCUCUGUGGCAGAGCGUCGCCAACAUCAUUCCCUAAACUGAUGCCUGGCCUUGCUGAGCAGACUGAUGUUCCUGUUGUCAUAGCUGAAAUGACUUGAAGAAGCUGGGGAUAGGGGUUGGGGUAGAUUUUGGGAGUCCCUUAUGGGAAUGGUACUGAGAUUUGUGAAUAAAUAAGACACAACCUA